AUGAAGUACUCUCUCGUCGCCGCCCUCGUCGCCGCCUCGGUCGCUCUUGCCGAGCCCGUUGACCCCAACACCAUCGACCCCUGUCUCAAGAACUGUGCCGAGACCGCCGCCACCGCUGGCUCUGUCGGCUGCUCUUCCAUCUUCGACACCGCCUGUGUCUGUGGCAAGAAGGACGCCUUCGUCGCCGCCGCUACCCCCUGUGUUCUCUCGGGAUGCGCCGACAAGGCCGCCGAGGCCAUCUCCAUGGUCUCCACCCUCUGCACUGAGGGCAUCAAGGGCGGUGGUGACCAGCAGUCGUCUGCUGCCCCCGAGCCUACCUCCUCCGAGGAGACCAAGCCCGAGCCCUCGUCUGAGGCUCCCCCCGCCCCCUCGUCUGACGCCGGUGAGCAGUCCUCUGAGGCCCCCGCCCCCACCUCCUCCGCUGGUGAGACCAAGCCCUCCGCCGGUGGCGAGGGUGAGACCAUCGAGGGUCUCUCCCCCUGUGCCUCGAAGUGCAUGGUUGAGGGUGCCGCCAAGCAGGGAUGCAAGGGCCAGGACGACACUGCCUGCAUCUGUACCGACGCCUUCAAGACCGCCGUCACCCCCUGUGUUGCCGCUUGCGGUGCCGACGACGUGACCGCCGCCCUCGCCCUCUCCGCCAAGAAGUGCGCUGCCCCCACCAGCGGUGAGGCCAAGCCCUCUGCCUCUGCCUCCGGCUCUGGUGGUGCCACCAAGCCCACUUCGGGUGGUGAGGCCGAGUGCGACCCCCGCGGUGGCUCUGGUGCUUGCGCCAAGAAGUACACUGAGGCCGGCACCCUCACCAAGUCUGAGGACAAGCCCGCCGAGACCUCGCAGGCCGCUGCCGCCGGCGCCGAGGCCGACGCCGCCAAGCAGGGCUCUGGUGCCAAGGCCCUCACCACCGGUGCCGCCCUCACCAUCGCUGGUGUCAUCGCCGCCGCUCUCUUCUAA